GUUUCGUUUUUUUCUGAGAUCUGAAUCGAAUUGACAACAAAUUGAAGAAGAAGAAGAAGACUUUGUGUUGAACGAAGAAGAAGAAGAAGAAAUGGCAGUGUCAGGACCCGACCCAUUGUUCGGAUUGAGGAACAACUUCUACAUAGGUGCUUACCAAGCUGCAAUUAACAACAGUGAUGUACCAAAUCUCUCUCAGGAGGACGCUGUUGAAAGAGACACUCUUGUUUACCGAUCUUACAUUGCUCUUUCCAGUUAUCAGGCAUGCUUUGAAUGUCCAGAUACUCAUUAAGAUGCAUAGAUCGGAUUAUGCAGAGAAACAGUUAAGAAUCAUGCAGCAAGUUGAUGAAGAUCAUACACUAACUCAACUUGCAAGUGCAUGGCUAAACUUGGCAGUGGGUGGUUCAAAAAUACAAGAAGCAUAUCUUAUUUACCAAGACUUCUCUGAGAAGUAUCAGAUGACUAGCUUAAUCCUGAAUGGGAAGGCUGUAUGUUGCAUGCACAUGGGUAACUUUGACGAAGCUGAGACACUGUUGCUUGAAGCCUUAAACAAGGAUGCUAAGGAUCCAGAAACACUGGCCAAUCUGGUUGUCUGCAGUCUUCACCUUGGGAAACCAUCCACACGUUAUCUGAACCAGUUGAAAUUAUCGAACCCAGAGCACACACUUGUUAAGCGCGCUGCAUCUGCUGAAGAAAGUUUUGAUAGAGCAGUCCAAACUGUUGCUUGAGGAAAAGUUGCAGCAUGUACUAAUGAGUUAAACAGGCAAAUGUGGAAGCUGUCUUUUGUAGUGUCAGUUCUGGUGCUUGUUCAUUUGGUUAUUCUCAUCAGACAAUUUAAAGAUUGGCAUGUUAUUAAUGUAAAAAUUUUACCUUGCAACAUUUUGAUGAGUUGGAUCACUUAUAUUUCAGAUGGAAAAAUAUGGGCUUUCACUUA